CCGUACACAACUAAUCCAAACGCCUCUAAGUUCAGAGUCCAGUCCGGGUUUUGUGACUCUCCCGCCGGGCAGAUAAGCUUAACUCGUCUUCCUUUGUGUUUGAACCGGGUUUUUUCUCUCUCCUUCCUGGCACUUAUGGGACCGGGGACUCUGGAGAGCACCGGGUCCGUCUGCAUGUCGCACUGCUCACUCAUGUCCGCGGGACAAGAACCCGACUUCCCCGGCGACGAGGCGUUCGCGAGCCGCUUCCCCGUCCAUCGCGCCUGCCGGGAUGGGGACGUCGGAGCCCUGGUGUCACUGACGGAGCAGCUCGCCCAGAGCCGGGCUCACCUGGCGGCCGAGGACUCCUGCUGCGGGUGGACCCCCCUUCACUGGGCGGCGCACUAUGGACAGCUGGAGUGUGUGGUGCGCCUGGUGCAGAUGGGCUGCGGGGUGAACACGGUGACCAGCCGCUUCAACCAGACACCGACACACACCGCGGCGUUCGGAGGACAUCCUCACUGUGUGGUGUGGCUGACUCAGGCCGGAGCUGACGUCAACAGGCAGGACUUUGUAGGUGAGGCUCCCAUCCACAAGGCGGCUCGCUCAGGUAGCUUGGAGUGUGUCCAGGUCCUGCUGAUAGCAGGUGCAAAACCGCAUUUAAGGAACGCCAGUGGGCAGACCGCAGCGGACCUGGCCCACGCUCACGGCUUCCUCGACUGUUUCCGCUUCGUCUCCAACCCCCAGGAGCACCUGCUGCAGCCCGACGGCCUCCGUGAGAGCGGCGUGCAGAACGGCAGCGGCCCCUGGGGUCAGGGAUCGCUCAGCAGGAAGAGGCUGCCGGCCAGCGUGGACUCUGGACACACGAAGAAGGCCAGGAGAGCUGAGGAUGUGUUGGUGCAGGUUCACGGCAGUGGAGCGGAGGAGGUGGAGAGCAUGAGUGUGGAGGAGUCCGCUCAGGAGCUCGGCCCAGCAGUUGAUGACACCAAAGGCGUGACCAACGGCCAUCAUCAGACGCUUCCUCGCGCCGCCCAGGAUGAGCCCGAGCCUCCCAAAACAUCUCCCCCUCCAGCCAAUCGGCCGGCGACUGCGGUGUCCACGCAGCGCUCGUCCCCCGACAUGUGUGGCUCGCUGCAUCUGACCGGCAGUCCGAGCAGCUGUGUGUCCCAGCGGCCGGCCUGGUGGGGGCUGAUGGGAGCCGACUGCAGGGACUUCCAGCACUACGGACAUUACCACGGCUUCGGAGACACAGCGGAGGAGCUGAGUGACAGCGGCCACGUCCAGUACGGCGGCAUCCAGGCUGAGCACAGAUACAAGCAGGCCGUGGCCGGCACCGUCCACCUGUACCACAGCUCGUAGACACAGAGGCUCCGCCCCCCUGGAGUGCCUCUCUGACAAGGUGUCCCGCCUCCAAACCCAGAGCCUCUGCUACGGAUAUCCAGGAUAUGUUAGCCAUAACUCAAAGUCCUCUUACUAGUCUUUUAACCAUAUCUCACGGUCUUUUUCAGCACAUGGAGCUGGCUACAGAAAGAUUAAAGAGGCAGUAACCGAUUUUAAUCCAAUACAAUUAUAGUAAAAAUCAUAAGAUAGAGACAAGCUCUCUCCGAAAUCGCAGAGACAAGGAGGCACAGUCGCUUCCCCCUUAGCUUCAUCAGAACAGAAAUAAAUCUGUCCCCGGACGACUCCAACUCUUAACAUAUUGAAUGUCCAAUAUAUAUACAAUAUAUAUAUACAAUAUAGUGACCACACUGUGCGCAUAAUGUACACACUAUUACUCACGCACACAUCUAUUUUCUUUUAAAAUAUUUGGUGCUAAAUUCAGUUCCUUGUCAGUGUGAGGGGGACUCUGAUCAGAUUGAUUGUUUGUCGUGGAAACUGGGACUCAGUGUUAGUAUCUACAGUCCCGUCCUCCAGGUCCGUCCACCAGUCUGAACUGAACUGGGUCCAGGUGAUUCGGCUUGUUAACGAUAAAUCAGGAAGGUUUCAUCCGUUUCCCCCUUUGUGCUAAACACAGUCCAGACCUAGUGUCUCUGCAACAGAGGCACAGAAAUCAAACCGGUGUAGCAUCGUGACACAAAUAUUGUCGCCUGUACACAACAUGAAGAUCAGAUUUUUGGACUUGAUGUGAUGUCACACACACACACACACACACACACGUACACCCCAGCGUUACGAGUCCAGCUCCCAUGUAAUGCUCAGUUCUUGUGUCGCCUUCUGGUUCCAACACAACCUCACAGAAGUGAAAAGCAGAGACACAAACACACAUCGUUCCAACAACACUGCUCUUUCCUUUACUAAGGGCUAUUUGCUAUUAUGAUUAUUUGUGUGUGUGUCGGUGUGUGUGUGUGUUGGUGGAGGUUGUCCUCUCUGAAUGUGUCGGCAGGGAGGAACAGCCGCGCUGAAACUGAAACCAAAGGGAACGUGUCGUUGCUUUUGAUAUGAAACCAUUUGUUUGUUAUUUAUAUUCUAGAGCAGAUGAAAUGUCUUCAUUCACAGCCGUACUGUCAUUUUGUAAAGAUACUGAUAGAUACUGAUUCAUGUAGACUAUGUGCCGUCUAAGUGCCAAAGUCUGACCGUUUUAUACUUGUUCUGGAUGUUUGCCUCUUUUCCUAUUAAAACCUUUUUGCAGUUUGAUAAAAA